UCUUUCCUAAUGGCGGUUUGCAGUCGGGUCCCGAUAGAUCCGUUUGUGGAGAAUUAUGCAAAAAUUGACUCUGGCGUGUGGCAGACAUAGUGUUUAUGUACAUGUGAGAAUUAAAAUAUGUGGGCUAUUGUGAAGUGAAAUGGUUUAUUUUAUAGUCACAUUGUGCAUUUCUAAACUGUCUGCUAUGUGGAGUGGUGAAGACUUUCGUCUUUAAUCGUCGCGCAUGCGCAAGUAAAGUCUAGAUCCCAGACUGCUAGCUAGAUACAGUACGUUCAGGCGAAGUAGCGCAAAAUAUCAUUCCAUUAGCUAAUUACAUAGUGAGGCUGUAGUUGCGAGAUAUGGAAAGUAGAAGCAGAGACCGUAAAAAAAGUCACACCUGGAAAUAUUUCAAUGAAAUUUCGUCCGAAAGUGUGACAUGUAAGCUGUGUGCGGCUGUUCUGAAGCGGACGAGUGGGAGCACAACAUCCAUGUUAAACCAUUUAGAAAGGAUCCAUCAUCUGUCGUUAAGACAUAUCAAAACUCAGCGAGAGUUGAUGGCUGCCGUUAGAGGUAAGACUCCUACAUUAAAGUUAAACAGAGAAGCUGCAAUAAAGGCAGAGAAGACCAUGUCUAAGAGCACAUACGAAGAAGAGGAAGAUGAGGAGGAGGAUGAGCAUCUCCCCAAGACUGGGAUGUCAAAGCAAGAUCCCAAUACUUCAGAGGUAGCCAUGACAGAAGAUGGGACUGCAGAGCAGUUUGAGUUUCAGUAUGGACUGGAGGGACCAACAUUUAAGAAUGAGAAUGGGGAGUGUUCCAAGAGCCAUCUGUCCAUCAUCAAAGUGGAACAACUGGACCCCCUUCUCCCUGAACAAAACAACUCCAGCUGUAGUUCUGGGUCACCUGGGGAUCCUGGGCCUCCUGGCUCAUCUGGUUUUGGGUCCAGUAUGAGUCCAGCUGCACAGUUCUUCAGGAAGUGCCACCAGGCAGGCUGCACACAGUUCAUCUUCUCUGAGUUUGCCUCCCGCCUCAACACUAUCACUGAGAGGAUUUCAUCCCAGCAGGCCAGCGAAGAAGAUUUCAACCUCACCCUGAAAGUGCUGGAGGCCUCUGGGAUGCUGCCAGAGAUCUUUGCAAAGAGAGACCAAGAAAUGGAGAAGAGACUGAAGGAUCUGCAGAGAGAGACUGAAGCGGUGAGGACUGCAAGGUCUGCCAUGAGAGAUGCCUGUGUCAUGAGCUUCACCCUAUCAUGACGGAUCACUGCUGAAGAUAAAAGCGGUUCUAUAAGACGUUAUAACUAGGGCCUGGAGUUUUCCCUGACCGGACUAGGAAUGUAUAGGACCUGAAGUUUUCCUGGUCCGAUCAUGUGGACAGGAAAAACCUCACACCCCAGUUUUAGUAGAAUGUAAAUAUUUGAAACCUUUUAUAUUUGCCAUAUUUUUCUACCUUUGUGUUCAAACAUUUUAACUCUGAUAUUUGAAAACAGUUUGUUGUACCCUGGCUACUGAGAUGGGUGAUAUUAUACUUGAAGUGAGCAAUAGGCGAUAUAAUCUUGUGACAUAUAUUGGUUCUGGGUUCCAAGGUUAUUGGUGUUGUAUUGAUGUUAGUAGGUGAUCUUUUGUGUCCAUCUGUGCUAUGUACUUUGUGCUUACUAACCCUUCACAGGUUAAAUAUGUCCUUAUACAGUAUGUGUGAACCACUGUAUGGUUACUGUAAGACAUUUAUUUGGAAUACACUGUAAUAUAGCAUACUUGAGGAAAGUUGAACGCAUUAAACUUAUGUAAAUGA